UUUCGAUUGAAGUUUCUCAACUGAUCAGUUGCUGACGUUUCCAUUAAUUUCUUUAGUUCUCAGAUUACAGAACAAUUCUAUUCUAGAUUUUUUCAAGUCAAAAUGUCUGAAGCAAACGGAACAGCAAACUUGUGUCCAUACAAGAUUCUCAAAGAUUUACCGAAAGUUCUCCCACCUGACUUUGUUUUGCCAAAUCUCCCAUCAAAAUGCACAUGGACAAAUGACAAAAGUAAACAAACGGAAUCGCCUCAUGAAAAGAGACCGAUUAAGGAACGUCCAAAGGUGAUGAAUAAUAUUCUUGAAGCUAUUGGAAUGACUCCACUUGUCAAACUUAAUCAUAUUCCUCAAUCGUUGGGUGUGAAAUGUCAAAUGUAUGCAAAAUGUGAAUUUUUAAAUCCUGGUGGAUCGGUGAAAGAUCGUAUUGGUUAUCGAAUGGUUUUGGAUGCUGAAUCUAAAGGAAUUCUUAAACCAGGUUCAACAAUCAUUGAGCCUACUUCUGGAAAUACUGGCGUUGGAUUAGCAAUGGCCUGUGCUGUUCGUGGCUAUCGUUGCAUUAUUGUCAUGCCAGAAAAGAUGUCUGAUGAAAAGGUCAACACAUUGAGAGGUCUUGGAGCUGAAAUUAUUAGAACUCCAACUGAAGCUUCAUAUGAUCAACCUGAUUCAUUGAUUGCUGUAGCUCAACGUCUUCAAAGAGAAAUUCCAAACUCAUGGAUCCCAGAUCAGUAUAGAAAUUGUGGCAAUCCACUUGCUCAUUACGAUGGAACUGGUGCUGAAAUUUUAUAUCAACUUGAUGGAAAAGUAGAUAUGGUUGUAUGUGGUGCUGGUACUGGAGGAACUAUUGCUGGAAUUGGACGUAAGAUUAAGGAUGAAUGUCCAACAUGCCUUGUUGUAGGUGUAGACCCAGAAGGUUCCAUCCUUGCUCAGCCAGAACAGUUGAACAAAACAGAUGUUUCAAUGUAUGAAGUCGAAGGCAUUGGAUAUGACUUCAUUCCGACAGUUUUGGAUCGUUCUGUUGUUGACAAAUGGAUGAAGAGUAACGACAGAAUAUCACUUCCAAUGGCAAGAAGACUUAUUGCUGAAGAAGGAUUUUUAUGCGGAGGUUCAAGUGGAUCUGCAAUGGCAUGUGCAAUUGAAGCAGCGAAAGAGUUGAGAGAAGACCAAACCUGUGUUGUUAUUUUACCAGAUAACAUCCGUAAUUAUAUGACCAAGUUUGUUGUUGAUAAUUGGAUGGAAGCUAGAGAUUUAAGAGAAUCAGUUAAUACUGAGGAGCAUUCAUGGUGGAAUAACAGCGUCGCAAAUUUGCAAUUGAGACCACCAUUAACAGUCACUGAAAGUGUGACAUGCCAAGAAGUUAUCGACAUUAUGCAUAAUGAAGAUAUUGAUCAGAUUCCAGUCAUCGAUAGCAAUGGAAGUGCAAAAGGAAUGGCUACAAUUAAUCACCUCGUAAAUCGCAUGCUUAACUUCGGUUUAAAAGCAACUGACACUAUCGAUAAAGCAGUUUUCAAGAAAUUCACUAAAGUUACAUUGGAUACAACAAUUGGUCGUUUGUCAAGGAUUUUAGAAAAGGAUCCAUAUGUCUUGGUUAUCCAAAAGCAGAAAGAAUAUGCAAACAGUGAACUUAUUACUAAAGAAAUUAUCAUUGGAAUCAUAACUCAACGUGAUUUGUUAAACUAUGUCAUGAAAUUCCAAAAGUAAAUUAAGUGCCACGAAACGGUUAAUAUUCGGUGCCAAUCAACAAAUUUUUUGAAUAUUAUUGACUUUUUAAUUUUUUUAACUUUUCAGCAUCAAUAAAGCUUUAUUUGCAAAAUUC